AUGGAGGAAGAAGAAUUUGAAUUUGCUGAGGAUUUGGAGGCUAUUUUGCAUCACCCAGAGGUGCAACUAGCUAUUGAACAGGUUUUCCCCAGCCAAGACCCGCUGGACAGAGCAGACUUUAAUGCUGUGGAGUACAUCAACACACUGUUCCCCACCGAGCAGUCUUUGGCAAAUAUCGAUGAUGUGGUAAACAAGAUUCGUCUGAAGAUCCGGCGCCUGGAUGACAACAUCAGGACGGUAGUCAGAGGCCAGACCAAUGUGGGCCAGGAUGGCAGACAGGCUUUGGAAGAGGCCCAGAUAGCCAUCCAGCAGCUCUUUGGCAAAAUCAAAGACAUCAAGGACAAGGCAGAGAAGUCUGAACAAAUGGUCAAGGAGAUUACCAGGGACAUUAAGCAGCUGGAUCAUGCCAAGCGCCAUCUAACUACAUCAAUCACUACCCUCAACCACCUGCAUAUGUUGGCAGGGGGUGUCGACUCUUUAGAAGCCAUGACCAGAAAAAGGCAGUAUGGUGAGGUUGCCAACCUAUUGCAGGGAGUGGUCAAUGUGCUUGAGCAUUUCCACAAGUACAUGGGUAUUCCCCAGAUAAGACAACUUUCAGAAAGGGUAAAGGCAGCACAGAGUGAGUUGGGGACUCAAAUCCUGGCAGAUUUUGAAGAAGCCUUCCCCUCUCAAGGCUCCAAGAGACCAGGUGGUCCCAGUAACGUGCUGAGAGAUGCCUGCCUAGUGGCCAAUGUGCUGGAUCCACGCAUCAAACAGGAGAUCAUCAAAAAGUUCAUCAGGCAGCACCUCUCAGAGUACUUGGUCUUAUUCCAGGAAAACCAAGAUGUUGCAUGGCUAGACAAGAUAGACCGCCGCUACGCCUGGAUCAAACGGCAGCUGGUGGACUAUGAGGAGAAGUACGGACGCAUGUUUCCUGAGGAGUGGUGCAUGACAGAGCGUAUUGCUGUGGAGUUCUGCCACAUCACCAGGGUGGAGCUUGCCAAAGUAAUGCGAACACGGGCUAAGGAGAUUGAGGUCAAGCUGCUUCUGUUUGCUAUUCAGAGGACAACAAACUUCGAGGGUCUUCUGGCCAAACGCUUUACAGGAUGCACCUUGACUGACACACCCGGACAGAAAAGGCCAGAGAGCCCUCUAGAUCCCACUAACCCUUUCCUGGAGGAUGAGGCAGGUGAGGAUAUGGGCACAGAGAAGGACGAUGAUCUGGCAAAGCCCAGGAAGCCAAAAGCUCCGGACAACCCUUUCCAUGGCAUUGUCUCCAAGUGCUUUGAACCUCAUCUAUAUGUCUACAUAGAAUCCCAAGACAAGAACCUGGGCGAACUGAUUGACCGGUUUGUGGCUGACUUCCGAGCACAAGGCCCACCCAAGGCGGGCACUGAGGAGGGUGGAGCGGUGUUGCCCAGCUGUGCUGACCUCUUUGUCUAUUACAAGAAGUGCAUGGUGCAGUGCUCCCAACUGAGUACUGGCGAACCAAUGAUUGCCCUCACGACCAUCUUCCAGAAAUUCCUGAGAGAGUAUGCUUGGAAGAUCCUCUCUGGCAACCUGCCUAAAUCCAGCAGUAACAGUGGGGGCCUUACCAUCAGCAGUUUGUUAAAGGAGAAAGAAGGCUCAGAAGCUGCUAAGUUCACCAUGGAUGAGCUCUGCCUGAUCUGUAGCAUCCUUAGCACGGCAGAGUACUGCCUGGCUACCACACAACAGUUGGAAGAGAAACUUAAGGAAAAGGUGGAUAAAGUCCUGGUGGAGAGAAUUAAUUUGACUGGUGAGAUGGAUACGUUCAGCACUGUGAUUUCAAACAGUAUCCAGCUACUUGUCCAAGAUCUUGAUGCUGCCUGUGACCCUGCCCUCACUGCUAUGAGCAAGAUGCCGUGGCAGAGCGUUGAGCAUGUGGGUGACCAGAGUCCUUAUGUGACAUCAAUCAUCAUGCACAUUAAGCAAAAUGUGCCUAUCAUUAGAGACAAUCUGGCUUCCACGCGCAAAUACUUCACACAAUUCUGCAUCAAGUUCACAAAUUCUUUCAUUCCCAAAUUUAUCAACCACCUGUUCAGAUGUAAGCCUAUCAGCAUGGUGGGAGCUGAACAACUCCUCCUUGACACUCACUCCCUGAAGACAGUCUUGCUGGAUCUGCCCUCCAUAGGCUCCCAGGUGCUCCGCAAGGCACCUGCAAGCUACACCAAGAUUGUGGUGAAAGGCAUGACCCGUGCAGAGAUGAUUCUAAAGGUGGUGAUGGCCCCACAUGAACCACCAGUGGUGUUUGUUGACAACUACAUCAAGCUCUUGGCUGAUGGAAAUCCUGAAACCUUCCAGAAGAUUCUGGACAUGAAGGGCCUGAAGCGCAGUGAACAGAGCAGCAUGCUGGAGCUCUUCAGACAGAGGCUACCCACUCCACCCUCGGGAGCAGAUGGCGGCCCUUCUCUCUUCAGCACCCCAACCCCUGAGCAGGAGUCCUCCCGCAUCCGCAAACUAGAAAAACUCAUCAAGAAAAGACUUUAAAAAAGAAAAACACUAAAAUCUUGAAAAUUUAAAUGGCUGCCAGCCAGGAUGGUCAUAUCUAUCUCUCGCAGUAAUUCAUCUCAAAGACUUUGUUAUGCUCCAUUCCAUUAUCAUGGAGAAAGAGCAAAAAAGUGACUGAAUUUUCCGACUGACAGUGAUAUGAACCCAAGGUGAUGCUGGAAUAUGAAGAAACUUCCUCAGAUGCUACUUGCUCUUGUUACAUAUGUUCUUUCCUUCUGUAAUUUCCCACCUUGCUUUUCAUGUAACCAAUGUCUGCGCUUUGUAACAUAAGUACAUUAUUGCAGAGCGUGUAUGCACUCAGAGGAACGUUUGUGGUGCUGUCCGGGACACGUCUAAUACAAAUUAAUUACAGGCA